AAGAUGGCGGAUCUUUGACAGGGGGUUGCUCGAGCAGGUAAGCGUGAACUUGUUUUCUUCUACAUCGAAGCUGUUUUGCAUUUAUACGGACGCACGGGCACAUCGUCGGAGCCCAGCCCCGACGCGCGAGCGCGCAGGCGGCGUUGUUUACCACUCGGAUGUCACUGAUCCCACUUGAUGGACUCUACGGCUGGUAACGUCGGACAGCAAGGGUUACACGGAGGCCGACUUCUUCCCACCAACUUGUUGGCGGCGUUUAGCGACGUAGCCGACUCUCGGACAGCCCGUGGUUUGCCCCGGCAACGGAAGCGGCAGCAGCCGGUAGACGGUGCCCCAGGAUGUUUGCCAAGAAGAAGAAGAAGCCCAUCAUCUCUGCGCCCAGCAACUUCGAGCACCGGGUGCACACGGGCUUCGACCGGCGGGAGGGCCGCUUUGUGGGCCUGCCCCCGCAAUGGGCCAGCCUCAUCGGCUCCGGCCAGGACCGGCCCAAGCCCAUCGUGGACCCCUCCCACAUCACUCCCACCGAGAUCCUCGACAUGAAACUGCACACGAUAGUGCGCGGGGGGCCAAGCGGGGGCACGAGCCCAAGCCCCGUGGGCAGGGGCCCCUCGAGGGGACCGGGGGGCCCCGUGUCGGUGACCCGGUCCAACUCUCUGCGCAAGGAGAGCCCGCCCCCGAUGCAGCGGGACCUCAGCCGCCUGCCGCCCCCUGUGCCGGAGCACGAGGCCCUGGGGGGUGGCGUGUCACCCGGAGGGUCUCCGGGUAGGCAACCCCCGCACCGGCCCCUGCCCCCCCACCAGGGCUACCCCCAGCACCCGGCCCACGGCACAACAACUGCGCCGCCCCACAACGGCAGCUACUACCCGGGCCACCAGGAUCCGCAGGGCCGCUACGUGAGCAGAGAGCAGCUGGGCAUCGGGCAGCCACACCAGGCCCCGCACCAGGCCCCACACCAGGCCCCACACCAGGCCCCACACCAGGCCCCACACCGGCAGAGCUGGGACUCCGCACAGGACCGCUACGAGCCGGAAUGGGACCCCUCCGGCUAUCCCCCUGCCAAAGGCCACCCCGUCGGGCCCCCCCAGCAGCACCCAGCUCAGCACCCCUUCCAGCACCCUACCCAGCACCCCGUUCAGCACCCCGUCCAGCAUCCGGCAGGACAGCAACCCCACAUUCCAAAUGGGAAUUCAAUCAACGGUAGCCAGCCUUCACCAAUGCCUCAGUACGGCGUGCACGAGCACCCGUCGGGCUACCCGCCCUUCCAGCCGCAGCAGCCCCGGCGGACGUCGCCGCAGGUGGCCUACUCCCCGUCGCCCCCCCGGUACGCUGGCACUCCCGAGGGCGGCCCGCCUCACGGCGGGGCCCCUCCCACCAAGGAGCCCCCCCUGGCACCUCCCAAGCCCAGGCCGCCAGCCACGGAACAGCACCACCACCACCACCACCACCACUAUCCGCAGCAGCAGUUGCCACCCCAGCAGCCACCGCAGCAACAGCCGCCGCCCCAGCCGCAACACCAUCCUCAGCAGCAGCCCCCGCAGAUUACGGUGGACAAUGGCAGGGACCACGGCGGGAAGGGUUCUGCGGGUGGAGACCAGGUCUCUCCGGUGGCGGCCAAGCCUCAGCCGGGACACCCCCCCAACGAGCAUCAGAGGCUGUCCCACGAGCAGUUCCGUGCAGCGCUGCAGAUGGUGGUGAGCUCCGGGGACCCCCGGGAGAACCUGGACAGCUUUGUGAAGAUCGGGGAGGGCUCAACGGGCAUCGUGUGCAUUGCAACCGAGAAACCCAGUGGCCGCCAGGUGGCCGUCAAGAAGAUGGACCUCCGCAAGCAGCAGCGCAGGGAGCUGCUCUUCAACGAGGUGGUGAUAAUGCGGGACUACCACCACCCGAACAUUGUUGAGAUGCACGACAGCUUCCUGGUCGGGGAUGAGCUCUGGGUGGUCAUGGAGUUCCUGGAGGGAGGGGCCCUCACGGACAUCGUCACCCACGCCAGGAUGGGUGAGGAGCAGAUAGCGACGGUGUGCAAGCAGUGCCUCAAGGCCCUGGCCUUCCUGCACUCCCAGGGAGUCAUCCACAGGGACAUCAAGUCGGACUCCAUCCUGCUCGCCAGCGACGGAAGGGUGAAGCUGUCGGACUUUGGGUUCUGCGCCCAAGUGUCCCCGGAGCUGCCCAAGCGCAAGUCCCUGGUGGGCACCCCGUACUGGAUGGCGCCCGAGGUGAUCUCCCGGCUGCCUUAUGGGCCCGAGGUGGACGUCUGGUCGCUGGGCAUCAUGUGCAUCGAGAUGGUCGACGGGGAGCCCCCCUUCUUCAAUGAGCCUCCCCUGCAGGCCAUGCGCCGCAUCCGCGACAUGCCGCCCCCCAAGCUGCGCAACACCCACAAGGUCUCGCCCCGGCUUCAGGGCUUCCUGGAGAAGAUGUUGGUGCGGGACCCGGGCCAGAGGGCCACGGCCUUCGAGCUGCUCCAGCACCCGUUCCUGCGCCAGGCCGGGCCGCCCAGCCUCCUCGUGCCCUUGAUGCGCAGCUUCAGGCACAGCCCCUGCUGACACCCCCGCCACACCACGCUCCCGGGAAGUCGUCCUGCCGAGUCGGAAGCUUUCCGACAUUUGCUCUACUUUGCGCCACUCCCGGGAUUCCUGGUGGCAGCUUGUUGCUUGUUCUUAUGUGGUACCGGCAAGUUUGCGGGUACGGUGGCACGAGUGACUGAGAGGACUCUACCUACGGUGCUGCGCAAGUUGUUCUUGGUGGGUAUGGGGCACUGCGGCUUUGACGCGCUCUAGGGUUAAUUGUUGACACGACCCUCAGUGACCUCUAUGACGCUCUCUAAACGAGCCAAGGUGCGAUCGAAACCAAGUUUUUCUGGAAAACGGUUCGGAACGCUCCCUCUGGGUUCCUUGCAGUCGAACUUGAGCAAUACUAUAGGAAUCAAACGGAUGGUGCACCUUUCGCGUAUUCUUUCGGUGGCCCAAAAUGGCACGCACAUUUUAAAGCGUGCGGAGUGUUUUCUGUACGAGAAAACUAUUUGAAAGGCAAGUUUCUCGACGAGCGCCGCCGGUGAGAUACCGUUUGCUCCAUGGUUCGUCGCUCCUCCUACGAAGCAUUUAGCCGUGCUGCCUUUCGACACUAAUCUAGGGACAGACUGUCUUUGGCUCCCCUGGUCGGCCAAGCUGGCUCUCUGGAGCUCUGAAUUCUUAGGGGCGGGCUAAACGAAAGUGCCCCGGCCUGUCUGGCCAACAAUGAGCUUGCGAGGACUUCAGGAAUCCCAGAAUAGUCUUCCUGCCUGUAUGAAGAUGGUUGCCCGACCUUAGGAACUGACAGCCCCUGGUUUUUAGGGCGUGUGUAAAUUUCCGUUGAAUGCCAUUUCAACAAAUCUGCUCCGAUUGAUUGACUAUUCGGAAUUUGUUUUACCAUAAUCCUAAUUUCUUUAUAGAAACAUGAAGAGUUCUUAGAUAUGCAAUCAUGUUCUCCUUUUCGAAUUGCACUAUUGAAGACUGAAGAGACAGAUGCAGACAAACAAUGGUUAAUGCAUAUUAUUUUUACCACUACUAAAAGUUUAUUAUUAUUGUAUUCUGCUGUUUACUCUUUUACACAGAUUUUAAUACCAAUUUUAUGUGCCGAAGUCAUCUUCCCCAUCUGAGUAUAUUCAGAAGUGGCAGAAUAAUUGUGCCCAAAUUUUGAAGAAAACAGAAAUGAGAAAUUACUCAUAACCAUUUGACGAUGUGUCCAUGGUUGCUAGACUCAAUUUGAAGAAUAGAAAAUCUUAGUAGCUGUUUACAACACCUAUCCUAGGAUUUUCACGUGCAAUGACAAACUGUUGCAGAACGUUUUGAAGGCCCGCCAAUGCCUCGCAGUUUGCCUGCAGUGGUGCCGAGGAAUUUUAUUUAGCAAUGGGGAGACAGGUUGAACCUCCAUGUUGGUGCCGCUUUUGUUUCAAUUACAACGGACAAACCAGACAAGUUUUGUUGGGUGCAUAUUCUUGUCGAGGUGCAUACAAACGCAUCUGCACGACAUCAAGCCGUCGCACGUGCUUGCAUUCCCUCUCUGUUUUGGGGCAGCUCCUAUUUGUCUAGGUUGUGCAACUGUGCAUUCAAUUUUUUGUGUUAUUUUUCCUUGGCUUUUUAGAUCUUUUUUUUUGCUCAUUUGAUUUCUACCUCAUGUGUUGAAACUCGUAAUUGCAUCGGCAUCCCCCUUUGUUCACCCUCUGUUUGUUCUGCGACGCCAACCUUGUAUGGCCCGCUCUAUGUGCCUGCCUGGACCCACCGCUGCGUCGGUUGUCCCGGUAGAAGUGCCUUGAUGCGGGGUCGAGAGAUCCCAGUGGGUCGGGCGGCGGUCUCGCAUUUCUCGUUGCUGCUCACACACGGACGUUUGUACAAAGGUUUCUCCGAACUGUCUGCCCGUCUACCCUCAGCCUGUACAUAAUGUGAGACACAACUGGACUCGUUGCAUUUUCUCACGCUGCCCAAACAGUUAUACACACGUUACGUUUAUCCGUUUUAACAACCCAUCCCGCCUUCUAACGUUGCUGUUGAGAACGCGAGGUGCUAUGUCUGAUGUUAGUGCGUAAAGGUCACACUUACGUCUGCCGCAUUGCUUUUUUUCCAGUUCCCGAUUGUGAACAAGCUUUUGCCGUGUAUGUACGAUGCCGCCUGUAGAUUGCCAGAAAGAUGGGUUUGGAUGUAUGGUUGGGGGGGUCCAAGAGCUCGUCACAGAGCCAACACUUCCUUUUGCGGGACCGUACUGCAGGUACAUUCCAGCGGUGGUUGGAAACACCCACCGCAUUUGGUGCAGCCCUUUUCUCGUUCGUUGUUUUAACCUUUAAUAUAUAUUCUACGUGCGCAUGUAGUUAGUUUAUCCAACCUCCGUUAUGUGUAUUGUGUGGAAUUGCCAAUUCCACUUGUGCAGACCUCAACUGCUGCAAGUGCCAAGUUGAAAAGUGGGACUCAGUUGCGGGAUUCCUCCCGUUGCAUUUGGCAGCGCAACACGUUUUUAUACGUGCACGAGUGUGUAAUGUGUGAACGGAACUUUGGAUAUUGCGCGUAAAAUAUAGUUCCCAAAUAUAGAUGGAUGAAUCGGCUCCGACGGGGACCCAUAUUUUGUUGGGGCAAGUGUCGGGCGUCAGAGUGGCGUUCAGUUCGUCCUUUUUAUUUUAACUCGUUUAAGUUGUCGUCCAAAUGUGUGCGGCAGCUUCCCUGACCCUCCAGUUCUCGGCAAAACUCAAAUUCUGGCGAGAGUGCGCGUUUGAUUUUGCUGGUUCCUCGCAGCGCAAAUUUUGUUAGGCAUCUGCCGAGUGGGGAACACUUCUUCUCGCUUUGACCAUCCAAGAACUCGACGGUAGGUGUUAACGAUAACAAAUUACCGCAUAGAUGUCUGCCUUUCGGGCCUUGGGUGCAAGCGAUGCAAACCUGUAAAUACUGCUGGUUCCUGUGUACAUUGCGACAGUCGCAUCUCGCCGAAAAGUCUCUACCUUUUUAUACUGUGACCAGGCAAAAUAAACAGAGUGCUCCUGGGUUUUC